AUGGGCUUCGGGCUCCAGCUGGGGUGCCCUGAAGGCCACAGCGCCCUGCUGCAGCUGCAGGAAGCCGAGCUGCGCCUGCUGGAGGGGCUGCGCAAGUGGAUGGGGCAGCGAGCCAAGAGCGACCGGGAGUAUGCGGCAAUGUUACACCAGAUGCUCUGCUUGGCAGAGAAGCAGGAGAGCAACGCGCAGCCAAGAAGCAGCCAGAUCAGCCAGUGCACUUUUGUCCUUUGCGUUGUGGCCACUCAAAGCAAGGCAACUCUGUCUCCUGGUCUCUCAACACUCAAGAACAAAGUUCUCCAGCUGAAAGCCACAGCUGGCAUCUUUGUGGUCCUCCCUCCCCGGGCUCUCUUCGCAGAAAAAGAACGCGAGAAGGCCAAAGACAGAUAUGUCCGGAGCCUCUGGAAACUCUAUUCCCUCCACAACCAGUAUGUGUUGGCGCUCAAGGCGGCCGAGGUGCAACAUUUGGCCCACUAUCAGAGGACCCUGCCAGGCAUGUUGGAGUCCUUGCACUGCCUGCUUGAGGAGAUGGCCUACCUCACAAAGGUGACCUUCCAGGAAUAUGCCAGCAUCACCAGCCUGGUGCAGGAGGAGAUGGUGACCGUGCAUCAAGCCAUGGGCAGAGCCAUCGAGCGCCUCCAACCGGCCACGGAAUACCAAGGCUUCAUUCCUCUGUGCAGGUGCGGAGGAGAAUCCCCGGCUGUGGUCACUUUUGACGAGAGUCUGCUGGAGGAGAUAGAGAACGAAGGCCUGAAAGCAGGAGAGCUCCAGCUGAAUGAGCUGACCUUGGAGAGCAUGCAGCACACCCUGACUACACUCGAGGAGGAGCUGAUCAGUGCCACGGAGAGCACACACGCCCAUCUACAGCGGGUUGAGGUUCUGAAGGAUGAAAUCCGGAAGGAAGAAGCAGUGGGCAUGCCUGGAGAACGCAUCCAGCUGCUGGGGAAACGCCAGGCCUUGCACGAAGCCCAGCACCUCUGCCACCUGGCCCAAGGCACUCAGGAGAAGCUGCAGGCCCAGCGGGAUUUGCUGUGGCACAAGCUGGACGCGCUGGGAGCUCAAGACCCACCACCCGCCCCGGCCCUGCAGGACGACAGCCAGUCCCUGUCUUCUGGGGAGCAGGAACGCGAGGGAGGUCGGACCCCAGCCUUGGAGGUCUUGAAGCAGCAUUUCAUUGUCAUCUUCCGUCCGCGGGUCACGCUGCCGCCCCCCGUCACCCUCCUGCCUGAGGUGCAGAAGCCGCUGGGCCAGCAAAGCUGGUAUCACGGCGCCAUUCCCCGCGCGGAGGUCCAGCAGCUGCUGCAGAGCGACGGAGACUUCCUGGUGCGCGAGAGCCAGGGCAAGCAAGAGUACGUCCUCUCCGUCCUGUGGGACCAGCAGCCUCGCCAUUUCAUCCUUCAAGCGGCGGACAACCUAUAUCGUUUGGAAGGGGAAGCUUUCCCCACCAUCCCACUGUUGAUCGACCAUUUCGUGAAGACCAAGCAGCCCAUCACUAAGAAGAGUGGCAUCAUCUUGGCAAAGCCCAUUGAGAAGGACAAAUGGGUGCUGGACCACGAGGAUGUUCUGCUGGGGGAACGUAUAGGGCAGGGCAACUUUGGAGAGGUAUUCAGUGGUCGCCUGCGUUAUGACAACACUCCUGUGGCUGUCAAGUCCUGCCGUGAAACUCUCCCUCCAGAACUGAAGGCCAGAUUCCUCCAGGAAGCCAGAAUCCUGAAGCAAUACAAUCACCCCAAUAUUGUCCGACUCAUUGGUGUCUGCACCCAGAAGCACCCCAUUUACAUUGUCAUGGAGCUAGUUCAGGGGGGUGAUUUCUUGACCUUCCUACGGAAUGAGGGAUCUCGGCUCAAAGUCAAGGAGCUUCUGCAAAUGAUAGGAAAUGCUGCUGCUGGGAUGGAAUAUCUUGCAAGCAAGCGCUGCAUCCACCGGGACCUCGCAGCCCGGAACUGUCUGGUGACAGAGAAGAACACGCUGAAGAUCAGUGACUUUGGGAUGUCACGAGAACAGGAAGAUGGCAUUUACUCCUCCACGGGUGGCAUGAAGCAGAUCCCUGUAAAGUGGACAGCGCCAGAGGCCCUGAACUACGGCAGGUACUCCUCAGAAAGCGAUGUCUGGAGUUUUGGGAUCCUGAUGUGGGAAGCCUUCAGCCUCGGAGCUACUCCAUAUCCUAACAUGAGCAACCAGCAGACCCGUGAGGCUGUGGAAAAGGGAACCCGUAUGCAUGCUCCAGCACAAUGCCCUGAGGAAGUGUACCAGCUCAUGCUGUGGUGCUGGGAAUAUGAGCCACAGAACCGGCCAAACUUCAGCACCCUACACCAACAGCUGGUUGCCAUUCAGAAGAGGCAAUAGGGAGGGCCCUGUUGCUGGGACAUCAGAGUGACAGAAGGCAGAAUGUUGUGUGCCCCACCAAAGCCAGGCCAGAGGCGCCUUCUCACCUGAUUAGGACUGCAUCUUCAAACUCCUCCAUCUUCUUUGCUCUUGACUCAUCUUUCACGUGGACGUUGUCCCUUACCAUUCUUGGUACCCUGAAGAACCCCCCCUUAUAUGGCAGCCUAGACUUUGACUAUAUCAGUUCCUCUUUGCAGCUGAAAAACACUAUAAUAAAGGGUCAAAUAUG